CGGUGCCGGCUGCCGGUCGUCAGUAACGUGUCGAACACCGCCGUGUACGUACGUGUCCUACCCACUGAUUCAAACGUUCCAUAAAAAUAAUAUCGUAAAGUUUAUGUGCAGUGUCGUUGUACCAUGCAGGAUUUGUGUUUGAUUAUAGUGAAAUAAAACGAAAAAUACAGUGUUUCGGAGUUGACAACAUUGGAUUGGAGGUUACGAAACAAAACGCGAUAUUCCCGAGUUGUGAAAAAUGUGCGAACAGUCUCAUAGUGCAAAGACAAGUUCGUGCGCCAUAAGAGUGCGAGUGACACAUGAGUGAUACGUCGUGAGGACUGGUUGAGGCGAUGACCGCGUGAAGUUCGACCACGACGUCGAACGGUUCCGAGUGGGGGACGCUGGCGACCGCGCCCAGCGAUGGUAUGGACGGUGCAUUCGAGAACGAAAGCGACCGGGGAUGGAAUUCGACCGAAGAGGGGACGGAUGCGAACUUGUACAACUACUGGGCUUGGAGCAUCGUCGACGGUUCCCUCAUGGUGUUGAUCGUGAGCGGGAAUACUCUCACCAUCCUCGCCGUCACGCUGAGCAGAAAAUUAUCAUGUUUAGUAUCCAACCAGUUCGUACUAAACCUGGCGAUAUCAGAUCUAAUGGUCGGCCUCACCCUGCCGUACCACCUCGUUUUCUACCUGGACGAUGAAUUCGGAACGGUCAAAUGGACGUGCUUAAUGAGAUUCAUUCUCAUAAUAUUAGCAUGUUUGGCGUCCAUUUACAACAUCAUAGCUAUAGCCGUAGACAGGUACAUAGCGAUCGUGCACCCGCUCCAUUACAGCCGGUACAUGACGAAGCUGGUGACUCGAGUGCUGAUGAGCGCCACGUGGUCUGUGGCCGUGUGCAUCAGCUGCAUACCGAUAUUCUGGAACGAGUGGCAUGACGGAAUUGCCUGCGAAAUGAACAUGGUGGUACCGAAGUCAUACACGACGAGCAUCUUAGCGCCAAUGUUCUCUUUGAUAUGGAUGGUCAUGUUCAUUCUUUACUGGCGGAUAUGGCGCGAGGCAACUUGCCACGCGAGACGGAUGCGAGCCAACACUUGUUGCCCUACCGGAGCCAAUGACUGGAAGAGUAUACAGGUCGUACUGCUGGUUCUUGGAUCGUUUUCCAUAUGCUGGAUGCCGUUCGUGGUAGUGGCUUGCGCACAGACCUUACCGAUUAUGCCGUUACACAAUCACAUCGCUUACAGACUAACCUCUUCACUGGCCAUGUCCAAUUCAGGAAUCAAUCCUCUUAUUUACGCUUGGAAAAAUGCUGGAUUCCGUGCGGCUUUCGCUAAACUGCUACGUUGCAAGCGACCUGACACAUCGGAAUACAGAGGAUCACCGGCACCGGAAAGGAAGAGAGGAUCCGUGGCUUUACGUGAAGGCUCUAUCACUCGAUCUAGCGCUCCGGCCGCUCUAUCCAGCAUGGGUGGUCGUCCUGCAAGACUGUUGUAUGUCGAACAGGAUUCAGAUACAUCUAGAUGCCGCAUCAUUGAAAACGCUGGGUAUGUUGACUCGGAGAGGGGUGAUUCCAACCCGUCUUAUGCUCCCGACGGUCCGACACCCGUCCACAAUAAGACCGCGGCCUGCUCCCCGGACGCAGUGUAGUGCAAUAAAACGACAAAAGACGUUUAGUGGGAAAAAUAAAACGCUUCUAGUUAAAUCAUUAGUGACAUUAGGGUACAGUUUUCGCAUUUAGGUGCCUGUUUAAAUCUACUCGCUCAAGUUUUUCAAAAGCUUUAUUGUUGAAAUUUUAUUCAGAGAUUACGAUUAGUUCCCCUACCUACCUGAAUUAAAUGGUUCUCUGUAAAUGGUGUUUAGAUUAUGUAAUUAAAAAGAUGUUCUAUGUAAUAUUAAAAAUUAAAUAUAUUAUUAUGGUUAAAUGUAAAUAGGUCUCUGUCAUU